AAGGGAUGCAGGCAGGUGAAAGAAAAGCAGGGGAGGAACGCUGGAGGAGGAGGAGGAGGAGGAGGAGGAGGAGGAGGAGGAGGAGGAGGAGGAGGAGGAGGAGGAGGAGGAGGAGGAGGAGGAGGAGGAGGAGGAGGAGGAGGAGGAGGAGGAGGAGGAGGAGGAGGAGGGGGAGGAGGAGGAGGAGGAGGAGGAGGAGGAGGAGGAGGAGGAGGAGGAGGAGGAGGAGGAGGAGGAGGAGGAGGAGGAGGAGGAGGAGGAGGAGGAGGAGGGGGGGGGGAAGUGGGAGGGCGUGAGGAGAAGUUGUGUGGAGGAAGGA